AGUUCAUUACCAUUCUCUGUGUCGUGCGGUAAUCUCGAAAAAGAAAAUUUUCUAUUUACAAACGGUCUUUGGGUCGGUGGAAGAAAAGGAAGUGAAAAUUGUGAAAGAAAAUCGCUUUGAAAGGGUGAAAAACGGAUUUAUUACCAGACCGUAAUGAUGUUAAACUAUCGAUAAUAAUAUGCAGAUUGUAAUGCCGAUAAAUAAGUGAAUGCACUGACGGUAUUUAUUAGCUAAAUUUAAUUCAGAGUUUUUCUGCUGCUGUUCCAUGAAUCCAUUCGUGUGAUAGAAUGCUCUGUAGAGCAACAUCAAAAUAAGGAUAAAAAUAUGCCUGGAUUAAUUGUAUUUCGCAGACGAUGGUCUGCUGGAAGUGAUGAUUUAAUUGUACCCGGUGCAUUUUUGUUCCUAUUUCAUUUGAUAUGGGUGUCAGUACUUCUCACUGAGAUUGCACUGAUACACUUUGAUACCUCCGUAUACUCAAUCGAAUUAUUAUGGUAUUACAAGUUGGUGUACGUUGGAAUUCUGUUCGCUUCAAUAUGCACGGAACUGAUCAUUUGUAUAAUAUCAAUGAGAGGUAGCAUCCUGAACACGGUUCCUAGAGCAUCUAUGCAUUAUUGGCUUUACAUUAAAUUGGCUGUGAUAGUAAUAGAUGUAGUAUGGCUCUCGCUGGGCGUAGUAUGGCUGAUAAAGUACUACCUCUCGUGUCAGUUGAUUGAGAGUAAGGAAAUUAUGCUAGUUUUAGUUGCAUCAAAUUGGAUGGUAAUAGUUUUUAUAUUGGCAAUUAUCUGGUGCACAUUCGAUGCAGCUGGAAGGUCAUGGGUCAAAAUGAAAAAAUAUCAACGAUCGAUGAGAGAGUCAGAGUCUCGGUUCAACUACAAACGCAGUGGCAGCCGAAAUCGGAAUUGGCGACAGCGAAAAGUUAUACGAGCCUAUCAAGACAGUUGGGAUCAUCGAUGUCGACUAUUGUUUUGCUGUAUGGGCACGUCAGAACGGAAUCGUAAUUCCUUUGCCGAGAUUGCGAAAUUGCUGAGCGAUUUCUUUCGUGAACUGGACGUUGUACCGUCAGAUGUUGUUGCUGGGUUGGUCCUGUUGCGGAAAUUCCAGAAGAUCGAAAGACAGUCGAUAGUGCGUCAGAAAAAGAACGGCAUCUACGAGUUCCUGAGCGGUGUACCUAUAACCGAACGAACGCAGUUCCUUAAAUUAAAUGAUCCAUCGGAUUACGAUCACAUGCAAACCAUAAUCCACUACAUGAAUUACGCUCUCGCUGCGUACGGCUGGCCAAUGUUUUUGAUGACCAAUUCAACAACUGCAAUUUGCAAACUAUGCACCAAAAUUACGUGCUGUCUCUCCUGUUGUGGUCGAAAAAAUCAAUCAGAAAUUGUCGAAGACAAUUGUUGCAAUUGUAACUACGCAGCACUGAAACAAAUGACUAGCAUCGGAGAUAUUGAGGUCAUUUACACCACAUUCCAUGUGGAUGUGGCCGAGACUCCGUUCUUUGUGGCCAUUGACUAUACGAAAGCCAAAAUUGUGAUAAGCAUUCGGGGUACACUGAGCAUGAAAGACGUACUAACCGAUCUUAAUGCCGAAGGCGAUGUGCUGCCACUUAGUCCACCCAGAGAAGAUUUUAUCGGGCACAAAGGUAUGGUUCAAGCGGCUGUGUACAUACAGAAUAAACUAGCAGAAGAGAAUUUGAUACAUCGAGCGUUAACACAUAAUCCGGCCAAGAAUACGGAAAAUUUCGAUUUGGUGUUGGUCGGUCAUUCGCUAGGUGCCGGAACUGCGGCCAUUUUAGCGAUCUUAUUGAAGCCAGAUUACCCUACGCUACAGUGUUUCAGCUAUUCUCCACCUGGUGGACUUUUAAGCAUUCAAGCGGUAGAGUAUUCAAAGAGCUUCAUCACAUCGGUUGUUGUCGGCAAAGAUGUGGUGCCACGAAUCGGACUCCAUCAAAUGGAAGCACUGCGGGCCGAUUUGAUUAACGCAAUUAAGCGGAGCGUUGAUCCGAAGUGGAAAACAAUUGCAUGCACAAUGAUUUGCUGUUGCUGUGGACCGGAACCGACGUCGGUUGUUGAAAUGGAAAGUCAUGACUCAAAUGUGGUCGUUUAUGAACAGCAACGAACAUCCGCCCGGAAGACGAGCACACAUCCCAAUGAUAGUUCCAUAGCGUUAACGCUGCAUAAUCCACUGUAUCCGCCGGGAAGGAUCAUUCAUAUUGUUCGUCAUCAUACAAAACCGAACGAGCAAAAAUAUGAACAAGGUUGGAGACAGGUUCUGAAACCACACGAGCCGGUGUAUCAAGCAAUCUGGGUUGACAAUAUGGACUUUGACGAAGUUCUGAUCAGUCCAGCCAUGAUUCAAGAUCAUAUGCCCGACACCGUUUUAGCUGCUUUAAAUAAGGUUAUAACAACAUUUGGACCGCGUAAGCCUCAACGACAGUCAUCAAACGCUAAUUCAUCUAUAACAUCCGAAAUAAUCGAACAUUCCAUGCUCAACCAACGUCCACAAAGUCCAUUUAUCUCAGUUGUCACACCGACAGCAUCACAAAAAGUUUGCCUCGAAACAUCAUUCACCAGCCUACAAAGUCCUUGUGACGGUCCAAUUUGGUCACAGCCAGCCAACGGUUCCAGUAAGGCGUCGUCCAUUGCCGGAAGUUUAUUCGGUCGCAGCCAAUUGAGUUCGAUACUUCAAUACGACGUGUCAAGUUUAACGGACGGACCCAGCGAUGCCACUACCGUUGUACUGGCUGAUACAUCAAAUGGGCUAUUGAAUCCGAAAUGCAGUAAAAAUGUUGCGUUUGACAUAAAACAAUAUCCGAUUACUCCGCCCAGACUCACGUCGCCAGGUGGUAUGCCGAAAAGUAUUUUACAUAGGAAGCGUUCGCUAAAUGCAAUGCAGAAACAGGCAAUGUAUGGACAACGAUCCAAUUCGGAUUUGCAACGGAAAGUGGAUUUGGUGCAUGACGACUGGUACGGCAUGGCACCAUUGGCUAGUCCCGAAACUCUAUCGGAAAUAUCCAGUAUCAGUUCACGCGCUAGUCUGGUGAACAAUUUCGCCACGUCCAUUGAAAAAUGUUUGCAUAAAAUCGGUCUGUAUGGUCAAAUGAAUGACAGUGAUCAGCAAGACAUUCUGGAGUUGGAAGACGAAUCACAGAUGCACACACCGAAGGUUCUACGACGUGCCCCGAAAAUUACAGGAAAUUUGUCACGAUGUGCGGAUGACUGGCGACAGGUGGAAACGUACAAAAGAAUGGGAAAGGUUUUCCUGACCAAUCCGCUAGUGUUAAGUGACUCCAGUGAUCAAAGCUACGAAUCGGCUAACAGUCUGAAUAAGAAGGACGACGAUCGGUGUCACCAAUUGACGCAAGAAAAUUCCAAAUCGGCCGACAACAUUGACGGCGAUAGCAAAUCUAGUGAAUCGUUCACCACAGCUAAACUGACUAUGAGUGACAGUGCGAUGCUGAGUGAGUAUCAAAGUGCGUGUACGGAUUGUUCAACAAUGAGUCGGUUAAGUGAUAAUCAGUGCAGUAAGCAUAUACGACAAACUAACACAAAUACGACCAGUUCCAGUGAAACAUACUACAGCGCACUAUCGUCCUUAACUACAUUAGAACCGUUCAACAGCCCCGGCAGUACAAAGCAAAUAUUCUCAAAAAUCGUCGAGGAACCGCAAGCUCGCAAUGUGGGCUUUUUAGAAUCACAUUUUCCCCUCCAUUCGUCCACCUCGACCGACAAUUCUGACGAUUCGCACGAACGAGACUCGCUACUAUCAAACAGUCCGAAGAUCGGCCAGUGUCGAUCGAUUCGACGACCUCAUUUCGGCGACGAAAAGAAGCGGAACAACGACGAUGUUUGCUUCUCGCGCAACGAAUCGCUGCCGUUGCUAAGCAAUUUGUCCAAAUCGUCGUCGCCGAGUAAUUUUCUGCGACGGAAAAAAUAUGUUUAUCCAAUGGAUUCGCCGACCAAAUCCACAACAUCAUCGAAUGGUAAGCAAUAGGAUUUGUGGGAGAUAGAAGUGAAAGUUGAUGAAGUUGUCGAGCAAGAGAUUUUCUAUUUCAAGGUUGGUAGUUAAUAUGUAGCUCUGGUCAUUAUGUAGUGUUGUGAGUAAUAGAACCGAGAGUCUUUUCUUUGAUUUAUCCGAUUUUUUGAAAAAUUGCGAACUCAAAAGUUGAAAGAAAAUUUUAAGUUAAAAAAAAUCGAAAUGGAGCCUGAUGAUCUCGGAUUAGAUUGAAUUUUGUUCAGAGAUAGUAAAGACCCAUUUACCACAACUCACGAAAUUGCCUAACUUCUUCUGUCCAUCUUCUGUUGCGUCUCAGGCAACAUCCUUAAAUUUCCAUGGAUAACCAAGGUCCAAUCCUAAAAAUAACUGACACACAGAGCCCAAUUAUACUAUUGCGACGAUCACUUAUCUGUAACUCCACAUGGUGGACCGCAUCAUGUCACUUCGCGGGAAGUGUAAGUUAAAAUUAUUUAAAAAAAAAAUUGAUUGAAGUGACAAAACUGGAUCAACUGGCGACCUCAUUCCAUAUAUGUUACCGGGUUUUUAUCUGAAAUGUAACACAGAAACUAUCGAGAAAUAAUUUCUUAAAAUGUGGCUCUACCGGGCAGGAUGCAAUUCUAUUUCGUUUAAUUAUAAAAAGGAAAAACAAUUUUUACAAAAAUUACGAAACAAUAUUUUGCUCAUUAAAAUUACUGAUUUAAUAAAGUAAAUGUGCCAAAAGAAUUAAGAGAAAUUCUGAGAACUAGAUUUAUAAUUAGAGCUAGACAGUGUGUGUAUGUGUGUUUGAAAACUGAAAAUGACAAGAAAAAUAAUUGUUUUAACUGAUGAAAAGUCAAUUAAAGAACGUAAGAAGAAACAUUUCAGUGAAAAUGAUGUCCAAUUACUGUACGAUGAUGAUGUGAAAGUUUGUCGUUUUUUUAUAUUUUAUAAAAUUUAACCGAACUGUAGUGAGAGCGGGUGGAACAUGUUCCUUAAACGUUUUGUCUCUCUAGUCAUUACAAAAUGUCAUUCAUCUAGUCUUAGGGGCUUAACAUUUUUAGUUCGUACAAAAUCUGGUGUAGUGAGGGGGAAACUACUUCGAAAAACGCUGUACCAUGACUUUGUGACUUUGUAUGUUUUGUAUGAAGCUGAUAGUCAAGCUGAGCCAAUGACUUUGAUUUUACGUGUAUUUGAAUAGUGACUUUUCUAGGUCUUGUACCAUGACUUUCUGGAGCAGUUUUCCCCUCAAGGAAAAACAAUUAUGUACUACAGUACAUUAGUAACUAGUCUGCUAGGAAUUUCGCUCCGGAGUGAUUCAUAAAGCGAUAUUUUAUCACAUUUUUCAAAAGGAAAUAGUUCUUUGUACAAUUAGGAAUAGAAAGAUAACAACAAGAGUUUUCGUGUGAAUUUUGUUGAGGCGUGGCCGUCAAUUUCGAUCCAUUUAAAAUUGUUCAUUCUUCAUGCAGUUUCAUUCUCUUUGCUAUACACGACAACACAUCAUCAUAAUACAUCUCUUAUUCUAAAAAAAUGAAUAAUUUUCGUUCUGAAGCAACAACUCUGAUAAUAAAAUAAUAAAUUGGGUUUCAGUUUUACAAUAAAAUUUAAAAUAAAAUCUUUAAAUAGGAAAAAGGCUAAAAAAUUCAGUAGAAACUCAGUGUUUUCAAUGGUUCAAUCAGAAUAAAAACAAAAUGUUUUUCCAAUUGAAAUUUAUAUAAUAAAACGAAAACAUAUGAAAUGAAAAGAUCUAUAAAAAAAUAAUUCACUAAAAUAAAGAUGCAAUUAAUAGUACAACAUUGAAAAUAAAACAAAAAAAAAAUUGAAAAUUAUUAAUUGUUGAUUUUUAAUAAUAAAUUAAAUUUAUAUUUAGAAAUGUAGAAUUAAAUUAUGUAAAAGCAUGACAUUGUCUUACCAUUUACUCAACUGAUUUGAUUCUUUAUCAAAAAAUGAAUAAAUAUAACGCAGCGAUGCGACUGAAAUUAA